AUGGAGCAUGUCCUGUGUGUCCUAGUGUACCCCAGUGUGUCCUGGCGUGUUCCAGAGUGUCCCAGUGUGUCCCAGUGUGUCCCGGUGUACCCCAGUGUGUCCCAGUGUGUCCCAGUGUACCCCAGUGUGUCCCAGUGUACCCCAGUGUGUCCCAGUUGUGUCCCGGUGUACCCCAGUGUGUCCCAGUGUGUCCCGGUGUACCCCAGUGUGUCCCAGUGUGUCCCGGUGUACCCCAGUGUGUCUCAGUGUGUCUCGGUGUACCCCAGUGUGUCCCAGUGUGUCCCAGUGUACCCCAGUGUGUCUCAGUGUGUCUCGUGUGUCUCGGUGUGUCUCGGUGUACCCCAGUGUGCGGCCGCUGGUUUAUUUCAGGUUGCUGGCGGCGGGAACGUUUUGGCGGUGCCGCGGCGCUGA